AUGGAACCUCGAACCAAUGACCUUCAGAUUGAAUCUCGGGUCCAUGAGUUACUCCAAUUCCCGGUUUGUACGAAACAAAUGUCCUCUGCAAUCUACCAGUGUCCCAAUGACCACACCGGAGAGUUCAACGUUGAGAAGCCUAAGAAGAUGUCAUACAAUUGUCCCUAUUCUGGAUCCAAGUGUAAUGUCACAGGAGAUAUUCAGUGGCUGCUUCUGCAUCUAAGGAAUGAUCAUCAUGUUGAAAUGCAUGAUGGGCGUAGUUUCAGUCAUAGAUACGUCCAUCAUAAUCCUAAACAUCUUCAUCAUGCUACUUGGAUGUUAACUCUUCUGGAUUGUUUCGGUCGACAAUUCUGCUUAUACUUAGAAGCGUUUCACAUGAGGAAAACGCCAAUGUACGUAGCCUUCAUGCAGUUUAUGGGAGAUGAAGAAGAAGCCAUGAGAUUCAGCUACACGUUGGAGGUCAGUGGCAAUGGCAGAAAGCUGACAUGGCAAGGCGUGCCUAGAAGCAUUCGUGACAGUCACAAAACGGUUCGUGAUAGUCAAGAUGGCUUAAUCAUAACUCGCAAAUUGGCUUUGCUCAUCUCUACCGACAACAACAGCAGCAAGGAACUGAAGCUGAAGAUUUCAGGUCGUGUAUGGAGAGAACAGUGA